CAAAGAAAGGUGGGCUAUAUUUUGAGUCAAUUUUCCGGCAUGAGCUAGUCAUCGUUUGUUUUUUACUUCUAGUCUAUGUCAGAUUCUCUAUAGAGUGUUGAAAGUGUUUUGGAUGAUCAUGGAUUUUCAACAGCUCCUACAGAAAGCCAAAGUAAAGCAAAAAGGUGUCGAAAAGAAGCUCGUUCAGCAAAAGACAAAGAAAGAGGAAGAAAAACGACAGAAAAAGGUACUGGAAGUUCAGAAACAGAGAGAAAGUAACGACAAGCUCAAACGAUUAAAAGAAGCUGCCGUGAAGAGACAGUUAGAAUAUAAAGGACUUCACAAGCCGAGUAAAGCAUUGGCCACGCCCUCCCCAAAACCCCAAUCAAGCAAAUCAACUCCAUCAUCAUCAACAACAAAAUCAUCAAAAACUGUUCCAAAUGGUGUGUCAAAAUCAAAGCCAAGCGGUAUCACAAGUAAAUCAAAAUCCUCAUCUUCAUCUAUUAAAGACACUUCAAAGUCGAAACCGUCCCCUGUCUCAAAGGGUAAAUCAGCCUCAAAAUCAACUGCUGCUGCCGUUAACUUCAACGAUCUAAUGAAGAUGGCUAAAGGGAAGAAAGAAGGGACCAGCCAAACUGACUACCCUCCACGUACAAGCUCCUCUCCGCUCGGAAAAUCACUACUCGAGAAGAAAGCUGCUAAAUCAAAACCCAAUCCACCGCGACCGCCCACCAAGGGAGGGGCUAGUCAGACGUCGUACAGAGUACCCAUGAGCCCAAUGAAAACAGUGAGUGUGGAUAUUACGAGGCAUCCUUGCUCCCCUACCACCUCUCAAGGCCACAAGAAACUAAAUGGACAAUCUGUCAAGAAUGGGCGACCACAGCCAUCACCAAGCAAACCUACCAGAGACUCCAGACCACCUCUCAAGCCUGGAGUUCGAACGGGUAAAGUAAACCCUGACCUUGCUGCUCGGAAAGCAGCUUUGCAGAGACGAAAACUGAAAGCUUCUCAACCUACAUCGUUCUACGGUUCAGCAGCUGCUAAUAUCCUGGGCCGUAAAGACGGUGCAUCGAGUGGGAGUGGUCCGUUUAGAUAUACAAGUACGUGGGUGGACGAAAUGAGGGAGGAGCUAGAUGAUUUUGAUGGCGUUGAUGAUUUAUCCGAUGAUGACGAUUUGGAUGGUUUUGUUGUUGACUCUGGAGAUGACUUCAUUGAUGAUGGUGACGAUCAGGAAGACUACUCGUCACAUAUUAGGAAAAUAUUUGGAUACGACAAGAGAAGAUUUGAAGAUGAUAAGUUUGAUGACAGAAUAAUGGAGUCGAGUUUUGCUCAGCAACAGUUUGAGGAGGAAAGAAGUACUCGUAUCGGGAAGCGAGAAGAUGAUGAAGACGUUCGCAGAGAACAAACUGAACUGUCUCGAAAGAGAAAGAGAAAAUCCAGCCCUGUUAGAACUUAUGGUAGCAACCUGAAGCAAUCCAAACUCUCUUUUAGAUGAUAUUUUAGCUGUUUAUUAUUGUUGUUUUUAUGAAAUUCAUUUGUGUACUCAUGUGCAAGUAUAUUAAUUAUGUUGAACAUGA